AUGACCUUUCUUAUCGUGUCCAUUUUCGACAAUUAUGUGGCCGGAUUUGUUCUCGCCCUUAUAAAAGGACCGGAGAUUCCUUCAAGAAUACAAGUAAAUCAUUCUCUCGGACUUACUAAAACAGGAACAAUGAAGAUUGCUAUCUUUUUACUUGCUGUGUUGCCAUUUGCCAUGAGUGCAAAGAUUGACGACAAACGUUUCAUUGAGAGCUUACUGGGAGGAUAUGACAUUCUCAAUCUGGCCAAUCAGCUCCUUAGUCAGUUCGGAUGUGACGAGACUGAAGCUCAGUGUGAAAGAGAAUUAUGUCCACCACUUCUUGACAAAAUUGACGGACACAAUGCCCUUAUCACCGGACUGGUCUGUGCUGGAGUCUGCAAAGAAGCACAAGUUCUGUCAAAACAAUUCGCAAAUGGUCCCGUAAAUGGAGUUGAUCCAUGUACUGGAACAGCCACCAGUGGUCGUUAAACAUAUUAUGUUGUGUGAUAUAAUUAACUGUGAAUUUUACCAAAAUAAAUUUUAAUACAUGUA